AUGAGUUUAUGUGAAGUAUUACGCAAAACCAACUGCUUGAUGUAUGCUAUGCACAGAACCAACCAAGAAGAGAACUGGAACUUGGCAUAUGGCACUGGACCUGUGUUUCCCUUUGAAUUCGAUGCAUCUAAGGUUGGCAUAGACACCUCAUCCCGGGAGGCAUACCAGCCACUAGUUAUAGAUGCAUGGCCGUUUUCCACUUAUCCUUUUAUAGUUCAGUGUUGUGGAUAUAAAAUUCAAACAUGCCUGGUCCUGGACAUAUUUUGCAGCACAAGUGGUGUGGACAUGCCAGGUGCUGACUACCAAAUCACCAAGUUGUUGGGUCUUAGGCCAUAUGUGAAGCGUUACACGAUGUACCAACAAGGUUGUUUCGCUGGUGGCACGGUUCUACGUUUGGCAAAAGACUUAGCUGAGAACAAUAAGGGUGCGCGUGUGUUGGUAGUUUGUUCUGAGAUCACUGCAGUCACUUUUCGUGGCCCAACUGACACUCAUCUUGACAGUCUUGUGGGUCAAGCAUUGUUUGGAGAUGGUGCAACUGUUGUUAUUGUUGACUCAGACCAUUUUCCUGUUGAGAAGCCUUUGUUUGAAUUGGUGUGCACUGCACAAACAAUCCUCCCAGACACUGAACGAGCCAUUGAUGGCCACCUUCGUGAAGUUGGACUCACUUUUCAUCUUCUCAAGGUUGUUCCUAGGCUCAUUUCAAAGAACAUUGAGAAGGCUUUGGUUGAAGUCUUUCAACUAGUGACGGAUCUAGGAAUUCUAAGUAGUGGGGGCAAUAUUUAA